UAAGUGCGAACAAGAAAAGCUAGUUGAGUUUUCCUCAGUACUUUUUCCUUUAGUGCACUACUGCACCAUAACCAUUCUUAUCUCCUACCUGAUUGCUGGCUUCUUCAACCUUUAGGACCUCGGACUGCAUAAGUUUCUACAGAUUGGUUUUGUUGUUAUAUGGGAAUUUCUUUUUCAUGUCCAUUUGCUAAGUGCAGUCAUGUGGAAGAUGGCUUGGACUUAUUGAUUGAAAAAUCCAUAAACUUUGGCAAUGAUGAAAUCAAAACUCCAAUGCUUUCAGUCAGUUUCAAAAAUGAAGAUUUAGAACCCACAAUUCUGAAAUCUCUAGGUUCUGGAAAGAUGACAAUCGAGGCAUGUGUGGGCUUCAAAAGAAAAGAUAUGGAGAACAUAAUCUCAAGUAAGACUCUGGCUUUUGACAAAGAGAAACACAUGACUGUGUCAAGGAUUAACAAAAAGAUCAAAGGGAUAGAUGAUCAGUCUCUUCGAUCAGAGUGUCAAAUGGAAAAGAUCCAAUCAGCACUUUUGGAUCUAAACAACCACAAACACACGGCUGCACUUAAAUUGCAGAAAGUAUACAAAAGCUUUCGUACAAGAAGAAAACUAGCAGAUUGUGCAAUUCUUGUUGAACAAAGCUGGUGGAAGCUCUUGGAUUUUGCUGAACUCAAGCGCAGCUCUAUAUCUUUCUUUGACAUUGAGAAACAUGAAUCUGCCAUUUCACGUUGGUCUAGAGCUAGAACCAGAGCUGCCAAGGUUGGUAAAGGUUUAUCAAAAGAUGAUAAAGCUCAAAAACUUGCUUUGCAGCACUGGCUUGAAGCAAUUGAUCCACGCCAUCGGUAUGGACAUAAUCUACACUUUUAUUAUGAUAGAUGGCUCAAGUGUCAGAGCAGAGAGCCCUUUUUCUAUUGGCUAGAUAUAGGAGAAGGAAAGGAAGUAAAUCUAGAGAAGUGCCCUCGAUCUAAACUCCAACAGCAGUGUAUUAAAUAUCUAGGUCCGAUGGAAAGGUUGUCUUAUGAAGUUGUUGUGGUGGACGGAAGGUUCUUCUACAAGCAAUCAGGAGAGCUGCUUCACACUACAGGAGAAGGUGCUCAUGCUAAGUGGAUUUUUGUCCUUAGCACAUCUAAGACCUUGUAUGUUGGCAGGAAAAAGAAAGGUUCAUUUCAGCAUUCUAGCUUUUUGGCUGGAGGAGCCACAUCUUGCGCUGGGAGACUAGUAGUUGAAUAUGGUAUGUUGAAGUCAGUUUGGCCUCACAGUGGCCAUUAUCGUCCCACAGCAGAGAAUUUUAAGGAAUUUAUUUUAUUCCUUCAGGAUAACAAUGUGGACCUUUCUGAUGUCAAGAUGACUCCAGUUGAGGAGGAGGAGGAUGACUUGUGUUCAUCGAAAAACAGAGGUCAUCUUAGAAGCCACUCAUAUGAAGAGGACUUAACUGAGAAUAUGAGUGACUUGGAUGCGGAAGAGAUCAGUGUUGAAGAGAAGGCCAAUUUGAUGGAAACUGAGAACGCUUCAGUAUCUGCACUGGUGGCACCUAAGAUAAGGCAAUUCCAGAUUUUUGGAAGAGAACUGACCAAUCUUGAAAUACCAAAGAGGAAUCAAAUGAUUCAAGGACUAGAUAAUGAGAAAGCAUGUGCAAAGCAGAGCAAUGAGAGUUUCCAAAUGGAUUCUCCUACAGGUGGUCAAGAAACAGCACAAGCUUUAGCAUCAGAGCUAGAUCACACGUUUCCAAAGCAAAAUAUUUCUGAUGAAAAACAUGAUGUCAGUGAUGUAGAAACUAUUCCGGAAGAGUCGAUACUUAAAAAGCUUAUCUCACAUAAAGAAAUGAAAUCAUACCAAUUGGGGAAGCAGUUGUCUUGCAAAUGGACAACUGGAGCUGGACCUCGUAUUGGCUUUGUGAGGGACUACCCUUGCAAGCUUCAGUACCUGGCUUUGGAACAAGCUAACUUGUCCCCAACAAGUGAUUGCCGCUCUAAAUCAUCCUUUGCUCCUAGAACCACCACUGGACCUUGGUUGAGACUAGAGUGUCAACACCAGUCACAAAAAUAUCAGGCGAAAGUUGAAACAAGAAGCAUGCCUCAAGGAGUUGAGCACAAGUCAAGAUCAGAAUCCUCCAUGUUGGUCAGAGGAAGAUCAGUGAUACCAAUUAUUCGUAUGUCAUGAGUGAAUACGAUGCCCAAUUCAAUUAUUCUUUUGUGUAAAUAUGAAACUGUAUAGGAAUUUUUGUCACUCUUCCCAUUAAUUCAUCUAGGUAUUUU